AAGGGGCACUUGCAGCUGGAGUGCUGAUGUCCUACAUUCUGAAAAGGACAUCUUCAGCUCCUGCGUUCCUCUCCCAGACUGCGACUCUGGAACUCUGAAGUUGACCUAUACUAGUAGAACGGUUUCCUGUGAGCACACAACAGGACCCCAGGUGCAGACUGACAGCCAGAAGCAAAGGUUUUCUUGGUUGUCCCGAGGCCAUUGGAUAACACCAGCCAUGGAUAUAGAAAAGCCUGAAGCCAGUCCCAGCCCGCCAGAACCUAACAUGGAGCUGAUCCCGUCCAGGGAGUUAAAAGGCCGCAAGCCUUCCAAUAAUAUACUGAUCUAUUUGAUUGACAGGCAGCUGGGGAGGCCCAGAAAUGAUAUGGAUUUGUUUGAAUGGGUUUGGACCGUAACAUAAGUACCCGCCCAGGGUAGAGUGGUCUUUGCCAAAAUUAAUGUUUACUUAUGACUACUGGAAAUACACAUUUUAAAAAGAAGCAGAAUCACAAGCCACUCUCACAUUCAAUCUAUUAAAUUAGUCUUCAUUGCAA